AUGUCUGCCUCCAAAAUCAGCCCUGAUGCUCCCGCCAAGAAGCCCAUUAUCGUCGGCCUCUACGGCCUUCCCGGCAGUGGCAAGUCUUACGUCCUGCGCCAACUCAAGAUAUAUUUCGGGACUGGAAAUCGUUUCCAAUACUACGAGGGAUCCGAAAUCAUUGGAAGUCUCGUCAACGGCGGUUUAGAAGCAUUCAAGCGCCUCAGUGCCGACGCGCAAAAACUUCAACGCCAACGAGCCAUCCAAUUCAUUGCCGACGAAUGUGUCACUACUGGACGUAUUGGCAUCGUCACCGGCCACUAUUCUUUCUGGGAUGACAUGGAUUCUUCCCGUGAGGUCAUAAUGACUGCGAACGACCUGCGCGUCUAUACCCACGUCGUCUACCUGGACACCCCCGUCGACUGGCUUUGGGAACGACGAGGUGUCGACGACGGUCGACUCCGGCCUGAGCUUCCGACCGAGCAUCUCUCCAGGUGGCAGAAUUCCGAGAUGGUCGAUCUAUCCCGUCUUUCCCGUCUGGAAGGCAUGCAAUUUAUGCCGCUGUAUCUUCUUGAGACUCAAUCCUUGGAUGGGAUUGUGCGCAUCCUUCGCAACAUUGACACGCAGGAUGAAGAAAACCUCCACCGCGUGAGAAACGAGACGGAUAGAUUGCUGUUUCCGAACCGAGACGCCAAUCAGUUGGAUGCGGUGCUGGUGUUUGACGCGGAUCGAACGCUGUGCGCAGCGGACACGAGCACAAUAUUCUGGGAGACAAUAAAAUCAUCUCGAAAGGAGCAGUAUCGCCAAGACCAGAUCGGGGGCGGUCAAGAGGCCGGUGAGAAACAUUGGCUAUGGGAUGACCCCGAAUGUCCUCUGAAGAAGCUAUUCAGCGGAAAGAAGGGGUACUCCUUUGCUUCCUUCUACCAUGCCAUGUCUCUAUACGAGUACGUCGACGUCGCUUUCGAAAAGACGUGCAAAGAGGUCGCCGCUUCUGUCACGAUGCACCCAGAAUUCAUGACACUUAUCCAGGCCAUGAAGCACUAUCAAAGCGUGGGCAUCAUCAUUGCCACGUGUGGCCUUCGUCGAGUCUGGGAGCAGAUCUUGGGGAGAGAGUGCCUCAUGGAUAGCGUCAAGAUCAUCGGUGGAGGCCGCAUCACUGAUGGCUACGCGGUGACCCCCGAGGCCAAGGCCGCUGUAGUCUCCCAGAUCCAAAGCCACGGUGUGUCCGUCUGGGCUUUCGGAGACAGCCCGGUGGACUUGCCUAUGCUCCAAGUUGCCGACCAAGCUAUUGUCGUUGUGGGCGAGGAACGGUUUAGGAGCAACACUAUGGACGCUGGCUUGGCUGCGGCUAUCGCUGACGUCGAGGGCUUUCGUCCAAGACAGGCUUUGGUCCCGAAUCACUCCCCACCCCGCCUUACUCUGGAGGAGUUGCCGAUUAUCGACAUAUCUGGCCAAGAUUUCAUCGACUCCAUCGUCCAUCGCUGCGCCAACCUCCGACUUCUACAUGCCACGGACAGAAACGCAGCCAAGCUCCUCAUGACCCCGACACGCGACGCGUCAGUGGCCGGCCCCUGCCUCAGAGCGGCCCAUGGCCAUGUUGGUAGGUACCUCGCCACCGAGUUUUUGACGGAGCUGCUUGGUCUUGAGGCAUAUCCUAUACACCAUGUUCAGGGCCACACGACCGAUGGGCAUCGGCUCGUCGACGAGAGCCGGACUUCCAUCGUAGCAUUGAUGCGCGGCGGCGAACCAAUGGCCUUUGGUGUCAGCGAGGCGUUCCCCCGUGCCAUGUUCAUCCACGCCAAACAUGCCACCGAGCUCACGGAGGAGAACCUGCGAGGAAUGAGAACGCUGCUUCUGGUCGAUUCGGUGGUGAACAGCGGCAAGUCGGUCAAGGAAUUCGUUGAUCACAUCCGGAGGCUGGAUUCGAGCAUCCGCAUCGUUGUUGUGGCCGGUGUGGUUCAGGCCAAGGCUAUCUCGACUGUCCUGGAACCACUUGCCAAUCAAGGAGAUCUCAGUCUAGUCGCACUCCGGCUGUCGGACAACAAGUUCACUGGAAGCGGCGGUACGGACACUGGCAACCGGCUUUUCAAUACUGUACAUCUGGAUUGA